AUGGAGACGCCAGAUGAUGCGUUGGUGGCGGACGACAUGGCGCUCGGAAUCAUAACCUGUCGCAUAGCAGAGAACGGGGCAAAGGAAGCGGAGAGGCUGGAGAGAGAAGAGCAGAAGACACUUACUCAUAAGCUGGACGAUUCGAAAGAUUGA